UGAGCACAGUGUUUUCCCCUGCUUCUCUCCUUUUCAGACAAGCAAAAUUGUUCUAUGCUGCCGGAGAUGUGAACUCCUUCCUGCGCUGCCUCUGUCUCCUCUUUACCAGAAACUCAAAGGCCUGAAUUACCAGCUGCAGAGAUCUAAAAGCUCUCUCUGAAUCUGGGUGGAAUAUGGACAAGAUGAAUAGCACAAGGGAAGAAAGAGUGAAGUUGGUUAUUUUUCUGGCACAUGGAUGCAAUUACACUCAGUGCAUUCCAGAGGCGUUCCUUUGAAUCCUGUGCAGGUCUGCUUGCCGUUCCUGGGAGAAAGGAAGAAAAAAGGAGGAAAAGUCCCUCUUGCUUGGAGACGGAAUGUCUGCACUUCCAAUUCUCUUUUUAGCUUCCUGCUCUGUUUGGUUGUCCAAGGCUCAGACCGAGUUUAAGAGAGUGGCUGAAGAAAACGUGACUUUGCCCUGUCACCACCGCCUGGGUCUCCUGGAGCAAGGGAGCCUGGAUAUCGAGUGGCUGCUGCACAUCUCCGAAACAGUACAGAAAGCGGUGAUCACUUACUCUGGGGGCCGUGUAUAUGAUGACCUGAAUGAGGAACAGAAAGGGCGCGUUUCCUUCACAUCCAACUUCCUUGCUGGAGAUGCAUCCUUACAAAUCAUAUCCCUGCAGUCCAGCGAUGCGGGAAAGUAUAUAUGUAAGGUUAAAAAUGCUGGGCAGUACGAAUGGGCUCGCAUCACCCUGAAGGUUGUAGAGAAGCCUUCCAAGCCCAAGUGCUGGCUAGAAGGGGAGCUGUUGGAAGGCAAGGAACUGUCCUUGCAGUGCCGUUCUGCCUCUGGCACUGCACCCAUCUCCUACCGAUGGCAGCGCAUAAAUGAGGAAGACAGAGCUGAGCAUCUCCCGCCUACAUCAAGAGUCAACAUUUCUAAUCCUGGGCAAGUCCUACUGAAGAAUCUUACGCAGAUGAGCACAGGGUUAUACCAAUGCAUUGCCACCAAUGAGGCUGGACAAGAAACCUGUGUUGUUCAGGUGACAGUGCAGCAUGCACAAAAUAUCGGCAUGAUCGCAGGAGCAGUUUGUGGUGUGGUGGUGGGACUUUCCCUCCUUCUCCUCGUGGUGAGGCUGACGAUAAGGAGGAAAGAAAAGAAGAGAUAUGAGGAAGAGGAGGCACCAAAUGAAAUCAGAGAAGAUGCAGAGGCACCCAAGGCCCAUCUGGUCAAGCCCAGUUCCUCUUCCUCUGGUUCCAGGAGCUCACGCUCAGGUUCCUCCUCAACCAGGUCGACAGCCAACAGUGCCUCUCGCAGCCAACGGACUUUGUCGACGGAAGCUACUCCCCAUAUAACUCCUCCCCAGUACAGCCAGAGGGAGGCAGAAGGGAAAGAAACUGAGCCCAAGAAAGUCGACUACACCAACCUGAUGAAGAUGGGAGCGACGCUGGUCAUGGUGCCGGCCCAAAGCCGAGCGUUCCAGACAGUGUGACUGCUCACCAGCUGUCUGGAGACUCCUGCUGUCCAGAAACACUUCACAUACCACCAGCCACAUAGGAAUUGUUAGGUUAGCUAGUUAUCUUCCUGGUCAGCUUAACUUUAAUCACUUGUGAUCAUUCACACCACAGGGAGCCCUCCCACUCGACUCUUUCUUACAUCUUCCAGCACUGAGGUUCUGAUAGAGAAUUAUUUUCUGAAGAAAGAUGCAUUUGAGGGAAAAAGGAGGCUUCUUUUUAAAUUAUCUUUGCUGGAAAUACACCACCGAGCAUUUUAGAACUACAACAGUGAAGUGCUGUAGAAAUGAAAUGAAGCCAAACCUCAGGACUCUAUAAAAGGGAUCAACAGAGACAUAAAGACACAUAAUAUUCCAGAGAGGUUUUUGAGGGAAAGUCUCUUGUGCUGGUUUUGGAGAACUUUCUCAAAGAUGCGUUGUCUCACCUGAAGAUUUUGGGGCAGACUCUCAACCUCAAAGGGGACUGACAGGCACUUCAUGUCUUCUGCAUUCAGUCUUCUAGUGAAACACUUUUGGAGGCUGUAACUGAAGUGGAAAUGAAAGAAUCACUCCAAACAAUCAAGAGAUGCAGUAUUAAGGCAUGUGUCUGAACUAACUUCUGUGCUAAAGAGAAAGGACCCUUUAUGUCAAGGAAACAGAGGUGCUAUAAUUGCCAAAUAAACUUACUGGUGCACCCAGAGAGAUACGGCCAAGUGCCUGACUCUGCUUGUAUGGUCAGCACUGCAAACCUACAGUAACUCCUGCCACUGGAGUGGUAUCUGUGACAAAUGAGCCUUAGCGUGAUGAGAGUCGGGCACUGAAUCCAGAAUGAAAGUGGUACCUCCAACUGAGGGCCACUAAUCAACCAAAAAGCCUGGACGAAGCAUUUGGAAGCUACCUUUGCUAUCGCCAGGCUGUGAAUUCACCAGUUUUGGGGUGAGCCAUGCUGUAGAAGCCUUACAGAGAGCUCUUCCCAAGACUGAACAAACAGCAUACUUGAGCUGACCUUCAGGCAUCCAGGUAAGACUGAAGGAUAGAGCGACAGAACACAUAGCAAGGAAAACACACCAGGGACAAGUAAACAAGCACAAUGCUGCUUCCGUUAGAACAUAUUUGUGUGCGUUGUCCCAUUUACACACCAAGGAACAAAAAGUCUUACACGUCCAGCUGAAGGCCAAUAGGAAAUGAUGGGAGAUAGGAACAGGCUUCCUCUGGAGGCAGGUGCCAUACCUUUAUCAUUGAUAUUUUCCUCUGAAGGACUUGGCUCUGGCUACACACCAGACACUGAGCUUGUAGGUUCUAGAUUCUUGUAUUCCUGGACUGAUGAUUUUCUAUUAAAUAAGGUUUGGGGUUGUUUAAUCUUCAUUUGAAGAGGGAAAUUUUCUCUAAUUUGUGGAAUGAGUCUACAAGAAAUGGCUCAGCAUAGACUAACCGCACAUCUAUAAUUCUUUCACUCCAGGGACUAUAAUUCAUCUCCUUUCCUGACCAAGACCCAGAAUUCUAUCUUUGCUUGAGAUCUUAGACAAUCUGAUCAAAGCCAAGCCGUGCUUGGGCUACUUCUGCAUGGGAAACAGUUUUCAAACUUGCCCUAUCCUAUGUGAGAGCUUCUUUUCCUAGGAGCAGCCACUCAUUUCCACCACAUGUACAAGAAUUUCGCUUGCUUCUCUACCCCAGAGUCAACCUCACUACCUUUAGCAGGACCAAGUGUCUGUGGUGCCUCUGCAGUUGCUCUUUUCCUGGACCCCAAAGGCUUAAGCACCCCAAAGUGCUUAUAAUGUACUCCAGACCUGGGAAGAUCCCAAAGACCAUGAGCAGGACUGCUCAAGUAGUUUGUGGCUUCUUGUAUGGUUGCUUUAUUAUGUUCAAUGUUACCUGAGUUGCAUCUGAGGAUGCUUAUUCUAUGCACAUAAAACCAGGAGUGCUUUUCUCAGUAAAGAAUACAUGCCUGAGCAACCAGAAGCUUAUUACCACAAAAUAAGGGUAACAGUUGAGCUGGUUACAGCCUGAAUACCAAAAUGCUGUAGGUUAGCUUUGAGUCACUUGCAAUUAGUGACUGUGGUCUAGAGGCCACUUGCUGCCGGCUAGGAUUUGCCCAGCCUGCUCCUGGCAAUCUCUUUCCUUUGGGAACAGGCUGUAGGACGGAUCAGUGGCAGCCCUCUCCUGGUCCCCAAUUUUCUUGGAGCAAAGAAGUCGCUCCUUGUUAUAUGAGCUAUCUGUCUCAUUGCAUGGGAUGGAAUGUUUAUGGACCAUAGUGAAAAGGUAGUCGGAAGCAAUUGCUGAAGCCUGGUGUGUGGGAUCAUUCCUGGCUGUUCCUAGCCAUGUUGGGAAGCAGGCAGUACAUGUGCCCCCUAUCCAGGCAUGGACAGAGUGCCCUGUAUAUAAACCAUGUUGGGAAAAGCACCGUGGCCUUCUCCUGCCAUGGAACAAAGAUGUGUGGCCCUGGUUAGAAAACAUGGAUUGGAAAAUCACUGCGGUGCUUUUGAGACCACACAUCAGUGAUCUCACAGGUGAACACAAAGACAAUUCUGCACUUCAGGUGCUAGCAUGAAGCCCAAGGGCAAAUGUUCAUUACUCAAAGGGAAUACAAGAAAGAGAUCGUUUCAAAGGUAUUUUAUUAUCAAAGGGACACUUUCUGAGCUCUGGAUGAUACCAUCAGGAGCUGCACAAGGGAAGCAAAUGAACUGUAAGCCAAACUCUAUUUUGUAAAAUAGUGUACUUAAAGCAUUUACUGUCAUAUACCAGUUAUUACUAGUGUGAUUAAAUGCAUACAAUGCUA